GCUAAGUUUACAAACAUGGCGGGUCAAGGCGGAGUUGGGAGGCUCCUUGACCGUCAUCGAAGUCAGCUUGUGAAAGAACUGGAUUUAGAUCGCAUUAUUCCUAAAUUAGUUCGGAGAGGCAUUAUUUCUAAACCAGAGGAGAAAGACCUUGUUGGCAUUUCCUCACCACAGAGGAGAGCUGAGGUGUUUCUGGAUAUUUUGUCACGAAAGGGUCUGAAGGCGUUCCACGAAUUCUGUGGGGUUCUGGAAGAAACGUCCCCUCACUUGCUAACGGGAUUCAUUAUUGAGACGUCAGCAGAUCCUGGUGAUGAGAGCAACCCGACCCAGGCCCUACAGCUGAGUUUUGAGCUGGCUCUGAAGGAGCGGGACGCAGUGUUGCGGGAGAAAUCUCAGGCGCUGGAGGAGCGGGAUACCGCCGUGCGGCAGUUACAACACAUCAAGUCGGAGCGAGACCACGCUCUUGCCAGCCUCGAAAACCUGACGGGGAAACCAGCCAAACUCAGCAACACGAGACAGCUGGAGGGAAGUAGCCCAAUACUGGGCAGUCCCAGCCUCAGCAAGAGGACAGCGUCACCGGGACGGCGCGGAACACGAGACAAACUCAACAUGGACAGCGAUGUCGAAGUGGAAGAGAGGCGGAGACAUGUCAAGAGACGGAGUGGAGACAAUGUGAUAUGGGAGACACAUAGAGUCAGCCUCACCAAGGUUCCAGGUUUCGGUUUCGGGAUAGCUGUCAGUGGCGGCAGGGACAGUCCACACUUCGCUAAUGGCGACCCCUCCAUCGCCAUCUCCGACGUCCUGAAGGCAGGCCCAGCUGAGGGCAGACUACAAGUCAAUGAUCGUAUCGUCACUGUCAACAAUAUAUCCCUGGAGAAUGUGGAACAUGUCACAGCCAUCGCUGUCCUGCGCGACAGCGGCAACACAAUCAACCUGGUUGUGCGGCGACGGAUCGUGCUGCCGACAGGGCUGGAGACAGAAACCCCACCCCUCAAAGUUACCUUGGGUAAAAAGGGAAAGAAAGACGACUUUGGGGUGGUGCUGGGCUGCAAGUUCUUCGUGAAGGAGGUGCUGCCCCACAGUCUGGCCGCCCAGGAGGGCGCGGUUAAGGAGGGGGACACGGUGCUCAAGAUCAACAACACCCCAAUAGACAAUCUGUCUCUUACCGAUGCGAGACUCAUCGAGAAGACCAAAGACAAACUGCAGCUCAUCAUUACCAAGAAGAAAACGAUUGACGACAGACACAAGCGCCAGAACAGUCAGCUCAAGGAGGAAGAAAUCCUGGCCGGCUACUCCAGCUUGCGGAGACAACACGACAAAGACGACAUCAACAUCUACCGCCCCAGCGUGCGCUCCGAGGAUGACAUCUUCAAGCCAGGAACCCUCCCUCGCGACAAAGGGCUCCCACACGGGGCAUAUCCAAACUCAGAUCACGCCCGGUAUGACGGGAGAUACGUCCUAGACAAUGAGCCACCGCCACGCCCGCCACUGCCCACAGGAUUUGACGACUCCUCGCCAGACUCACGCAGUCCAGUGUCAGGAGACAGUUACCAGCGGAAGGAUGGUUACUAUAGCGACCGUGAGAGUGGGACAAGACGUGAGACACGCUUAGAUGAUGAUAGGCGUGGACCCAAUAUGACAGAUGAAGAUGAUGACGUCUUCUCAGGGACAAGGCAUGAAGAGCGGUACGUGGGUCUAAGGAAGGAUGUACGUCCGGACCCUCGCAGUGUGGUCUUCAUCAAGGACAAGACGUACGGUCUGGGGCUGAGUCUUGCUGGCGGCAACGCUACUGGGAUCUUCAUAGCGUCGGUCCAGCCCGGCAGCGCUGCAGAGAGAGAGGGCCUGUGUGAAGGGGACCAGAUACUCAGGGCUAAUGUCCAGGAGAUCACAGGGCUGACCAGGGAGGAGGCGGUGGCGUUCCUCAAGUCACUGGAGGGCAAGGUCACCAUCACAGUGCAGUACAGGAAGGAAGAGUACGACAGAAUUAUGGCCAGCCACGAGGCCGGAGAUGACUUCCAUGUCAGGACACACUUCCAGUACGACCCCCAGGAGGCAGGGGACCACGGGUUUGCCAUCGGGGACAUCUUCCAUGUGAAGGACACGCUGUUCCGGAGAGAGAGCGAGUCCUGGCUGGCUGUCAAGCUCGGCAAAAACAACCAGGAGUCAAAGAAGGGAACCAUACCCAACAAGAAACGGGCGGACAUGCUGGCCCAGACACAGCAGCAGUCUAGCAGCGACAAGGAGAACUUCCCCAACAAGGGGCGUGGCAGUCUGUUCAAGCGGAAGGCAGCACGACGAGCCAAGUCUCUCGGCAAGGACCACUGGGAGGAGGUGAUCUUCUCGGAUGAGUCCGCGGGUCUGUCCACCAAGUUUCCCCCGUACGAGAGGGUGGCCCUCGGAGAAGUGGGGUUCAUGAGGCCAGUGGUGAUAUUUGGGUCCAUAGCUGACAUCGCCAGGGACAGGCUGCUGGCUGACUUCCACGACAAGUUCGAAUCUCCACAGUCUGACUUGACUCAGGAUGAUGACAGAAAGAAGUCCGGCAUCAUACGACUUGGCGCCAUCAGGGAGGCCAUCACCAAGCGCAAGCACUGCCUCCUGGAUGUCACUCCGCAACACGUGGACCGCCUCAACUACGCCCAGUAUUACCCCAUCACGGUGAACCUGAAGGCCGACAGCAAGCAGGCAGUCAAGGACCUGCGCUCUCGCUGGAAGGCACCUGCCAAGAACCAUAAGAAAAUGUAUGAACAUAGUGAAAAACUGGAGAAGAUGUACUCCCACUUGUUUACUGGCACCAUCACACACGGCAGCUCGGACACGUGGUACACCAAGCUCUGUGAGCUGAUCAUCUAUCAGCAGCGGCAGAACAUCUGGAUGAGUGACAAGAAGCCGGAUGAGGACAUCAGUGAAGACUUUCUCUUCCCAAUGCCGGCCCGGCUCAGCUACGCCUCGCCGGAGAGUGAGCUGGACCUCCACCGACCGUACGAUGACUUUGACGUGUCUCCAAUACAGAAGAAACGUCUGGUGAGGUCAUCCUCGGACCCCAGCGUCAACACAGCAGAGCACGGUAUCCCAGGGAUUCCCCCGUACCCCGGCCCGCCCAGCUACCACAACCAGAGGUUUUCGCCACAAGAUCGCUAUGCACGGGGAUCUGACCCUCGACAGAGUGGAAGGCCCCAAGACAACGAGUGGCACGGGACACAGCCAGAGGACCGGUACUACCCAUCUUACUACGCCCAGAGUCCACCACUGCCUCAUCACAACCGCUCAAGUAUAGAUCCCUACGCAACGCUCACCCCCAGCGAACGCCUUCCGCAACCGAAUAGCAUCAGAUCAACAGUAUCACUUGUACGAUGAGUACAGCCCUCACCGCUACGAAUCCGGCGGGGACGUGUACCGCGCAGAACCAAGCAUUCCGAAACAGUCAUCUCCCCAUCAUUCUCCUCACAUGGGCCAGGGGGCGCCACCAGAACACCGAGCUCACAAUGAUUCCUCCUCCCACUCGAGCGACUCGUACAGCAAGUACGUGAACCACCCUCCAGUACAUACUCUGAUAUUGUCUCUCCUCUGUGACAGGCUCACAAUGAUUCCUCCCCCAACUUGAGCGACUCGUACAGCAAGUACGUGAACCACCCUCCAGUACAUACUCUGACAUUGUCU